GCGAAGAAUUUGACGGAGAAGAGGUGGGCAGCGAAGAUUUGCCCCUUCCCUUUGUCUGGCAGGAUUCGAGGGUCGAUUUCAAUUACCCUCUGGGCACUUUGAUCUUUGCGGCUGGUUCAGCUGCUUCACAGGUUGUUUUUGUUGCCAAGCUGGAAGGCCAGGUUUUGGCCGCAGUUCCCUUCAGCUCAUGGCACCGCCGACGAAACCAACGCUUGCUACCACCGGACGCUCUGACCAAAGUCAUCAGUGCAGAGGUAGCUACAGCCGAUCCAGAGGACCGCAUGGUCCUGAUGCAUGGAGAGAAUUUGAAACUUUGGUUGGGAUUCCUUCGAGAAGAUCUUGUCCCCGACGUUGCUUUUCUGAGCCCCGACGACGAGGCUCACUUGUCCGAGGAAGUCCAGAUUUUUUCCCUGGAUGGUUACAAUCAGGCCUGGCCGUCAGCUCAAGCCUUGGUGGAUGUUGGGCAGGAUCACUUCGCCUUUUUCACUGUUCCGGAGGAACUGGGCGAACUUCCAGAGCCGCCGCCGGCGCUGGCCCCAAGUGGCAUGCUUCGAGGAGAAGGGUCUGGUUCGCCCGACCUUUCCUUGCGAGUGCAAAAGUUGGAGGACACAGUUGGCACUAUGGCGGAAGGCAUUCAGACUCUGCUCAAACGGGGCGAGGGCACUCCGCCCCCCCCUACGUCGACAGCUCCAAAUCCUCCUUCUCAGCGGCGCGCGGCAAAGGUGGCGCAAGAGCCUCCGGCGACUGCAUAUCCUCUUCUGGACCCUGCAAUGGUUCGGUCCGCCCUCAGUGCUGGUAUGGACGAAAAGGUGCUCGUCGAGAUGCAGUCGUUGAUGGCUUCAGCCGCUCCCACCAAAAAGAAGUUGAAGGAGCCGCGACAGGUCACCAUCAAGCCGAGUGGCCCCUUGUCCGAGACCGAGGAGGACGAAGCCGAGCAGCAAGGGUCUGGAUCUGCAGGCCUUUCUUCCGAUCCUAUGACUCUGGCGGUGGGCAAGCUCACAUCCAUAGUCGAGACGCUUGCAGCAGACAAGGAGAGGAGAAAGAAGCCGGGACUGGACCUGCUUUUAGAUGGUGCUCAUGGACCUGGCGACCCCGUCAGCUCCGGCAGUGGGAAGCGGUCAAGUAUCGCUCGCAGAGCCCUGAUGAAAGCGCUCACACACUCACCCCAGGAGCUGUUCAUGCUGAUCGAGAAGCUCAUGGAGGAGGACCUUCAAGGGCGCGUGCUGGCGCCUGGAAUGCCCCCUGCAACUCUUUCAGCAAGGGCUUGGAUGGAGCACCGAUCGUACAUUGGACAGUACAAGACCUUGGCACAUUCGGCCUGGGGAAUCAGUGGAGUCCUCGAUUGUUUGAUCGGAGGGCGAGUCGACGAGGCGAGGGCUCGGGCCAAUUUGAUGCUCCUCCAACUGGACCAGGUAGCUGCGGAUCGGGGGUCUUGGCAGCUGGCAUCGCUGUUGAGCUUAGAGAGCCUGCCGCCCUUCGCCAAUCUGGCGACCCAUCAUCCUCCGGACGUCAGCAUGGGGGAACAGCCGUUUUCCAAGCUCCUCGAUCCUCGAUGGAGCGAGGUAGCCCUGGCUCAGUUGAAAGAGACGGACGAGUACCUCGAGAAGAGGCGCAAGCUGCAGCAGAAGGGAGGCGCCUCGAAAGUUGAAUCUUAUGAGGAUGCAAUCGAGGCCCUUCAUCGCGCCGUUUUGACUUCUGAUAUUCCGCACUCUCGCUAUUUUGGGGGCUCCGUUACAAAACCGGAAUCCGACUAUGCGUCCAGAAAGCUCGACAGUGGUCAGAUUGUUGGCCUGGUGCAGAAAACAGUGGUCAGUCCUGCAAAAGACAUAGAAGCAGACAGGCUUGAAUUCCCGGCAGCGCCCUCUUUUGAUCCUACGCCCUUGCUUGAUGAAGUCACUGCUGAGGUCUAUCGCCACCCCAUUGAAACGGGGAGCCCCGGCAAAGACUACGAGCUUGGAGCGCCUGUGGUUCACAUCAGGGCGACCAAGGAGAACAAGAUGCUCCUCCUUAAGAAGCUGCGGGCCUCGGGAAGACUUGAACCGCUGAAUAAGGCCGAUGUGAGGCGAGGGGCCCUCUCCGGGCUUUUCGCUGCGCCGAAGUCUUUGACACGUGAUCGCUUGAUCCUUGAUGCGCGUCCUGCCAACAUGGCUGAUGUUGCUUUGAACAAGUGGUGCAAGACGAUGGCUUCGGCUGCUGCUUUGUGUGACAUAUGUCUGGAAGAUGACCAAGUGUUGGCCGCAUCCGGGGAAGACCUUCGUGAUUUCUUCUAUCAGUUCAAGGUGGGGCGUGAGAGAACUGUGCGCAAUGCUCUGGCUGAUCCCUUGACCAGGGAGGAAGCGAUUGAGGUGUUUGGUCACGAGGCCAUUCCGGCCCAUUGGGAACCGCCGAUCUACUGCGGUUUGUCCACGCUGGCGAUGGGCGACCAGAACGCCUGUGAGUUCGCACAAUGCUCUCACCUGGCGCUGAUGCUUCGCACUGGCGUUUUGAGCGAGGAAGAGAUGUUGUCGCUGCAAGGAGACGUCCCACGAGGCCUGUUGUCGGUUGGGGUCAUCAUUGACGAUCUUGUGCUGCUUGAGAAGCUGUUGAUGGCCGCUUGGCAACGAAGCGAGGGUCGAAGCACGACUCAAGCUGAUUUGCGGCUGGACAAGGCCGUUGCUGCUUACAAGGAGCAUGGACUCGAGGUCAACCUUAAGAAGGAGUUCCGAAACCAAACCUUGUCCCGCUUCUGGGGCAUUGAGCUUGACGGGCAAAAAGGGCUUGUUCGGGGGUCUUCUUUGCGCUUGUGGCCGUUGACGGUCAUCACAGCCAGAGUUGCCAUGCUGGGGUUAUCCACCGUUGCAUUGUUGGAAGCUAUUGCAGGGUCAUGGAUCUCAAUAUUUUCAACACGAAGAAGGUUUUUGCGCACUAUGAACUUGAUUUUCGAGGCAACAGGUAUCCCACAGCAGAACAUGGUGUUGAGGCUAUCUCCUGCACUACUUGCAGAACUGUGGACUCUCGUUUGUUUGGGGCCGCUUGCAACUACAAACCUCCGUGCUCGUUUUCAGCCCUUCAUCACAAGCACAGAUGCUUCUAGCGGGUGGUUAGCAGCAGUUAGAGCGCAAGCUCCCCUCGCCAUCGUGUCUGAGGUGGCGAGACGCGGGCUUCGAAAGGGCCGCUGGUCGAAGCUCCUGCCCUCGCAUCAGGCGUGGUUGCGGUCACAUGGGAUAUUGGAUCCUGGGGACGAGCUGCCGGGGGAUACCUAUGAUGCGUGUCCUAUAUGGGUUCUGCUAGCUAGAUGCCUCUUCUAUGAGGAGAGGUGGAGGAAGCCAGUUGCUAGAGACACACAUAUCAACAUUUUGGAGCUGCGUGCGCAUUUGUUGGAAGAAAGACGUUUGUCUCAAUGUUUCAGCCACAGCCGUUUCCUCUACGGUAUCGACUCGCAAGUGAGCCUUGGAGCAUUAGUGAAAGGACGUGCUGCAUCAAAGGCGUUGAACAGAGAGUUGAUCAAAGCCCUUCCCCAUGUUGUUAGCAGCGACCUUUACAGCAGUUACAUGUACUACCCUAGCAAGGUGAACAGAGCCGAUGGACCGACUCGUGAUGCGUUGCCCGCUGACCCCGACGUUCCGCUGCCCGAUUGGUGGAAUGAAGCUGCCUCCGGCAACUUCGCUGGGUUCGAUGCUUGGCUGAGGAGUGUUGAGGGGGAUGUCGACAAACCGGACUACGACUGUCGGGAUUUGUUUCGGACAGCUAUGCCGGUGAGUUGCCCUUCACGUGUCCUUUUUAGCAGGCUGCGUCGAGACAAGCUGGCCGAUCAGUGGAGCCUUGGUGUUCACGACCAUCCUUCAAGUUUGACCUCCGAAGCUGUUGAGAUCCUGAAGAGUAUCCCAAAGAAGCAGUUUCUUUUUGGCAGCAACUUCAACGGGUUUUGUGAACCUGGAUACAUUGAUUUGUUUUCUGGGGGCUUCGGAGUUGCCCGGGCUGUUGUCAAAAAUGGGGCCCCAUGGUGUCUCAGUUUCGAGUGGAAGCGAAGCGCGGCUGAGAACUUAUUGCUCGAUGAAAUUCGAGCCAAGAUUCGUUCUUUGAUCCGACUGCGAGCUGUCAGAGCGUGGGGCGCUGCGCCCAUAUGUGCCUCUUUCUCUGUGGCAGUCACUCCGCCUGUCAGAAGUGCUCGAUGGCCCCGAGGACUGCCCAACCUGUCGGAGAACAUGCGGCGCCGGGUGCGAGAAGGGAAUUCACACGCUGACUUUGUGGCAGAGCUCAUUACAAUCACAGAGGAGAGCGAUCCAGACAUCAUUUUUUGGUUUGAGAAUCCGGACACUUCCUGGUUGUGGCGCCAAAAGAAGUUCGAGCCAUUCAGACCUGCUGAUUCAGACCGCUGUUUCAGGUGUUGCUUUUGCCGCUUUGGCACUCCUUGGAAGAAACCCACCCGCUUCGGUACCAGCUCACCUUCAUUGCGAGGCCUGCGGAUGAUGUGUCGUUGCGGCAGUCGGAAACAUGUGCAGCUUCGAGGUCGUUCGCCUUAUGGCAAGUCUUGGACUCAAGUUGCAGAGCCAUACCCACGUCAUUUGUGUGACUUGCUCGGCAAGGCCGUUUGCGGUGACGCUGGAUGGGGCAAACAGCUGAAGCUUGACGUUGCUGGGUGUUCGCGAUCGCUGUCGCUCAGACCUGGAGAAGCCGUGCAGCCUGGGCCAAGAAGGAAGGGUGAGCCCAGAUCUCAAGGGCUGGAUUCCAUUCAGCUCCUGUCCACUGCGGAGGCUCAAAGAUAUCGGGAGGACAACAAAGCUCUUCAGGCAGAUGUUGUCGUGGCAAAACAGAGGAUCGAUGAGAUUGCGGCGCAAGCCAAUGGCAAGAUUGACAGUGCCAAUGAGAGAAUUCGGACCUUAAGGAAGGAGCGGGAUGCAGCUCAGAAAGAAGCUGACAGGCUCCGGGGUGCAGGCGAGCGGUUGGUGAGCCGUCAGGAGGAGUGUCGCAGAGAGCGGCAGGAGCUCGCUGAGCAGAAGGAGGCACUUCUGCGCAUCGUCGAAGAUUUGCAUCAGACAUGCAAGGCUGCCGGCAUGACCAAUGCGGGGAGGCACUCCAUCAAGGAUAUUGGAGACCUCACAGCCAGCUAUCGCUUGGCCUGA